AUGACGCAAGAUUGGUGCAGGACUCAUUUUCCAGAUUUCAUCUCGUCGGCGGAAUGGCCGCCCUACUCGCCGGACCUCAAUCCAAUGGACUACAGCGUGUGGUCCAUUUUAGAGGCUAAGAUUCAAUGGGCUGCAUUUGAAACUGUAGGAGAUCAAAGCAGUUAUGUUACUGCAAUCACAACUCAUCUGCGACAAACGUUGCCUCUGUUGAGAGAUAACUUGGCUGGUUCUCGGAAAUAUUUUACCAAGUUUUGCAUGAAUUUUUUAAAUUCCUUCAUUCCAAAACUUAUUUCCCAUCUCUUCAAGUGCAAACCUGUCAGUCCCAUUGGAGCAGAGCAGUUAUUGCUUGAUACACAUAUGUUGAAGACAAUGCUCCUUGAUCUACCAUCUUUGGGAUCUGUGACCCUAAGAAAACCACCUCCAAUAUACACAAAAAUUGUUGUAAAGGGAAUGACUAAGGCAGAAAUGAUAUUAAAAGUGGUAAUGGCUCCACAUGAAAAUGCGGAAAAUUUUGUUGAUAAUUAUAUGAAGCUCUUACCAGAAUCGGAUAUAACAGAAUUUCAAAAAGUUCUUGAUAUGAAGGGUUUGAAGCGAAGUGAACAAAAUGUGAUGACAGAUAUAUUCCGAUCUCAUCAAACAUCCUUGCCAAAUUUAAUUCAUUCUGAUGAAAGCGAUAAGUCAACUCUUACUUCAGUCACUCCUACAACACCAGAGCAUGAAUCAAGUCGCAUUAAGAGACUGGAGAAACUAAUUAAACGGUUGUAAAAUAUAUAGGUUAUAUUUAUUUUAUUUGUAAUUAGUUUUAAUAAAAAUUAUA